AAAGAAUGCAAGAGGGACAGCCUUAAUGUGUGACUGGAUGCCGCUGCUCCACGGAGCACCCCCUCACACACCACAAUCAUUUCUCGGACACUGGCAGUUUACAUAAAAACCGUCGUUGUAAGGAAACUGAGAGGGUUACUUAUCGACUCGACAACAACUUCCACAGCGCCACAGUCUCCUCAGCACCAUACACACAGAAUCAUUUUCGCGCAAGGAUCUCUAUUCAGCCAUGGCCUCCCUCUCGAAGCUCCCAUUUUCCGAGCGAGCUGUGGCCCAUCCCCACCCGCUUGCCAAACGUCUCUUCCAGCUUGCCGAGACCAAGAAAUCCAACCUCGUGAUCUCCGCGGAUCUGACCGAUAGCAAAAGCCUGCUUGCAUGCGCCGAUAGCCUUGGACCUUACAUCGCGGUGUUCAAGACUCAUGUCGACCUGGUCUCGGACUUUAGUGACGAGACCAUUCAGAAACUCAAGGAGCUAUCCAAAAAGCACAACUUUCUGAUCUUUGAAGAUCGCAAGCUGGUGGACAUCGGCAACACCGUCCAGAAGCAGUACCAUGGUGGCGUCCUACGCCUUUCGGAAUGGGCCGAUCUCGUGAACCUCAGCGUCCUGGGCGGCGACGGGAUCGUCGAGGCGCUGGAUAAGACAGUGACAGCGCCCGAUUUUCCCUUCCCCGAGCAGAGGGCCUUCCUUAUCCUGGCCGAGAUGACCUCGAAGGGCAGCCUUGCCACCGGGUCGUACACCCAGAAGUGCAUCGACAUAGCCCGCCAGUUCCCACGAUCCAUGAUUGGCUUUGUGGCAACGAGGGCGCUCGGCGAGGAUCAGGCGGCGGAGAAGGAGGAUUUCCUCGUCUUCACCACUGGCGUCAACCUGGCAAGCAAGGGCGACAAGCUCGGUCAGCAGUAUCAGACGCCCGCGAGCGCGGUCGAACGUGGUGCGGACUUCAUCAUUGCAGGCAGAGGAAUCUACGCUUCGGCGGAUCCCGUGGAGGCCGCGAAGCAGUAUCAAGCUGAAGGAUGGUCAGCAUAUCUCAAAAGAGUCCAGGCGUGAUGAUCAGCGUGAGAGCCACGACUCUUCAUGCUGCUAAG